CUUCCAUCCUCCUCUGCUCUCCACACUUCCUCCCUUCUUAACUAAGAGGCUAAAUUAUGCUGAACCCUACACUUCAUACAAGAAGCCUCUCUUCCUCUUUCUCCUCCCUUUGCCUAAACAGCUGGCAAUGGCAACCAUUAUCAGCUCCAAUGGCGAAAUCCCUCUCCUUCUUAGCUCCUGCAACCUCUGCCGGCGGCAAAAAAGCUCAGAGAAGAAGCGGCGGAAUCCGAUGUUCGUCUGAGGCGGCCGACGAGGCUCAGGUUUCUCUGCUCACGAAGGCUAAGAUCCCUACAAAGCUGAAGGCAGUGGUGACUGUCAAUUUAACAAUUGGGGGGAUUUUUUCGCAUGUUGGCAUGACCCGUGGGCUUGAUGACUUUGCAGAUCUGAUGGGCAGGAGCCUCUACCUUGAACUUCUGAGCAAGGAGAUUGAUCCGAAGACUGGAUCGGAGAAGAAGCCAGUAGGAGUAUAUGCUCAUAAAAUAGGCCAUAAUGCAACGGAAGCCAAGUAUGAAGGCGAGUUCACGAUUCCUCAAGAUUUUGGUGGGAUUGGAGCGAUCCUUGUGACAAAUGAGCAUCAUAAGGAGAUACGCCUCAAAGAUAUUGUCCUUACGACGGAUGACGAUGAGGCUUCUUCCUUUACAAUAGAUUGUCAAUCAUGGGUGCACUCCAAAUUUGACAAUCAUGACAAGAGAAUUUUCUUCACAAGCAAGUCCUACCUCCCCUCGGAUACACCAGCUGGACUCAAAAGCUACAGAGACAAAGAGCUGAAAGCCCUUCGAGGCAGCGGCACUGGAGAGCGCAAGCCCUUCGAACGAAUCUACGACUACGAUGUGUACAAUGACCUCGGUGAUCCUGAUAUCCAUCCUGAUAACGCCAGGCCAGUUCUUGGUGGCAAUAAACAGUUACCUUACCCUAGACGUUGCAGAACUGGUCGCCCUAAAACAAAAACUGAUCCGAAAGUGGAGAAGAGGGCAGGGAACUUCUACAUACCGAGAGAUGAGGCAUUCUCCGAGAUAAAGCAGGCGCAGUUCUCAGCGAAGACGCUUAGAUCAGUGAUGCACGCUGUUGUGCCUUCCAUUAACUCGGCCUUAGUGGACAAGAACAGAAGCUUUCCUUACUUCACAGCUAUAGAUUCCCUCUUUGACGAGGGGCUUAAUCUCGGCGACCAAGGUGGUAAUGCUGGUGGCGCAUUCAGCACAGUCAUCCCCAGGCUUAUUAAGGCUGUCUCUGAAGCUGAUGAUUUUCUUCUGCGCUUUGAGAUUCCGGAGAUGAUGGAAAGGGACAAGUUCUCCUGGUUUAGAGAUGAAGAAUUCUCCAGGCAGACAUUAGCAGGCAUCAAUCCUCUCAGUAUCCAGCUGCUCACAGAAUUUCCCAUUGUUAGCAAACUUGAUCCAAAGAUCUAUGGUCCUGCGAAAUCAGGAAUAACAAAGGAGAUCAUUGAACGAGAAAUUAGAGGUUACAUGACCGUUGAGCAGGCGUUGAAGGAGAAGAAGCUUUUCAUACUAGACUUUCACGACCUCUACCUCCCUUACGUGAACAAAGUGCGAACACUCGAGAAUACAACACUAUAUGGCUCCCGCACCAUCUUCUUCCUCAACCCGGACGACACUUUGCGCCCCAUUGCCAUUGAGCUGACCCGCCCCAAGUCCCCGACGAAGCCCCACUGGAGUCGGGUCUUUGCCAACUCUUGGGAUGCCACCGGAACGUGGUUAUGGCGACUGGCUAAGGCCCACGUCGGGGCACAUGAUUCAGGCUACCACCAGCUCGUCAGCCACUGGUUGCGCACCCACUGCUGUGCUGAGCCGUACAUCAUCGCCGCCAACAGACAGCUCAGUGCGAUGCACCCGAUCUACCGGCUGUUGUUUCCGCACUUCCGGUACACCAUGGAGAUCAAUGCCCUGGCGAGGGAGUCUCUUAUUAAUGCCGGAGGGAUCAUUGAAGGGGGAUUCUCGCCGGGGAAGUAUUCGGUGGAGCUCAGCUCGGUGGCUUACGGCCAGCUGUGGCGGUUCGACAUGGAAGCUCUUCCUGCCGACCUUAUCAGAAGGGGAAUGGCAGUGGAAGAUCCGACGGCGGAGCACGGCCUUCGUCUAACCAUCAAAGACUACCCUUACGCCGCCGACGGGCUCCUCAUCUGGUCAACCAUCAAGCAAUGGGUCACCGACUACGUGAACCAGUACUACGAGAGCUCGGCCCAAGUAAUCGAGGACCCCGAGCUGCAAGCCUGGUGGGCUGAAAUCCGCAACGUGGGCCACGGCGACAAGAAAGACGAGCCAUGGUGGCCGGUCCUGAACUCCACCGACUCCCUCAUCGGUAUCCUCACCACCAUCAUCUGGACCGUCACCGGCCACCACGCCGCCGUCAAUUUCGGCCAAUACCACUACGCCGGUUACUUCCCCAACCAGCCCACUACCGCCCGAGUCAACCUUCCGAUCGAAGAAGGCGAACCGGCCGACCGGAUGACUCAGUUUAUGAGCCGGCCGGAGAACGAGCUGCUCAAGUGUUUUCCAUCUCAGAUGCAGGCGUCAGUCAUCAUGGCGGUGCUCGACAUUCUGUCGAGCCACUCGCCUGACGAGGAGUACCUCGGGGUUGGACCGGAAGCGGCUUAUGCGGCCGAACCUGCGGUUCAGGCCGCUUUUGAGCGGUUUAGUGGCCGGCUCAAGGAGAUUGAGGGUAUUAUAGAUGGGAGGAACCUGGAUGCGGGGUUAAAGAACCGGUGCGGGGCCGGGAUCGUGCCCUACGAGUUGCUUAAACCGUUUUCGGAAGCCGGAGUUACGGGUAAGGGAAUUCCGACUAGCAUUUCUAUCUAGGGUUGAAGUCGGUGUAACUCGAUUUCCCUGACUCGGUUCAUCUUGUCCGGUUUAUGUUUGGAGAGAUGAGGUGAGGAAAAAAAAACCAAAUGGGAUAAUAAAAAAAUAAGAACCGAGAGUUUGUCGUUGAGUGGGUUUAGUCCCAACUCGGUUGUUUCUGAUGUUAUUAUUUGAAGAAACUUUUUUUUUUUUUUCUAAUU